AUGACAGAUAUACGAGGCGCCCAUCUACCCAAGGAGAACGGACACAUCGCUCCGCCGAGCGACAACUUUCCCCAUCCCUCCGCGGGGAACAUACCCGAGGACACCCCGGUGUCUUCCACCAGUGAGUUGACCCAGACCUGGGUCCACGUAGCAAAGACGUUUGUUAUCAUCUUCCCCAUAUACGCAUUGGGCUAUUUUGAGUUCAGCUUCAGCUGGCUGUUGAUUGGACUUAUUCUCUUUUUCGUGUGGAGGAGAAACACUGGAGGGAAGCACAGCCGCCUGAGUCGAGCUUUCGCUUUCUUUGAGCGAGAUGAGAGAAGUAUCAAGCAGAGUGUUACGAUCUCUGAUUUACCACCAUGGGUCAACUUCCCGGACAUAGAGCGAGUGGAGUGGCUGAACAAGACCGUGAAACAGAUGUGGCCCUACAUGUGCCAGUUUGUGGAGAAGCUGCUCCACGAGACGAUCGAGCCGGCGGUGAAGCAGUCCAACGCCCACCUCAGCACCUUCUGCUUCAGCAAGAUCAACAUGGGAGACAAACCCCCGAGGAUCAACGGGGUCAAGGUUUAUACGGAAAACGUGGAUAAGCGACAGAUCAUCAUGGACCUGCAGAUCAGCUUUGUUGGCAACACCGAGAUUGACAUCGACAUCAAACGCUACUACUGCAAAGCCGGCAUUAAGAGCAUUCAGAUCCACGGCGUGUUGAGAGUGGUGUUGGAGCCGUUGCUGGGUGACAUGCCUCUUGUUGGAGCUCUGUCUAUGUUCUUUCUCAAGAAGCCGCUUCUGGACAUAAACUGGACUGGCCUCACCAAUAUACUUGACAUUCCUGGGCUCAACGGCUUCACUGACAAUCUGAUUCAAGACGUUAUCUACAACUAUCUGGUUUUACCCAAUCGUAUCACCAUCCCACUGGUCGGGGAUGUGGAACUGGCCAAGCUACGCUUCCCCAUGCCGAAGGGAGUCCUGAGGAUUCACUUCUUGGAGGCUCAGGAUCUGGAGGGGAAGGAUACAUUUCUGGGAGGGCUGAUCAAGGGCAAGUCUGACCCGUACGGCAUCCUGCAGAUCGGCAACCAGCUGUUCCAGAGCAAGGCGGUGAAGGAGAGCCUCAAUCCCAAAUGGAACGAAGUCUAUGAGGCUCUGGUGUACGAGCACUCCGGUCAACACCUUGAGAUUGAGCUGUUUGACGAAGAUCCUGACAAAGAUGAUUUCCUGGGAAGCCUGAUGAUCGAUAUGACUGAGCUGCACAAAGAACAGAAGGUUGAUGAGUGGUUUGACCUGGAAGAAACUCCGACUGGAAAACUCCACUUGAAACUGGAGUGGCUGUCUCUGCUCUCCACUCCUGAGAAGUUGGACCAGGUGCUGCGAAGUGUACGUGCAGACCGGAGCCUGGCCAAUGAUGGACUAUCCUCAGCACUGCUCGUGGUCUAUCUGGACUCAGCAAAGAACCUACCAAGCGUCUUCACAGGCAGCUUAGGCUGUGGAAACUUAAGAGAGAGGAGAGCAUCUGGUCUAGUCUUUUAUGAGAGCAAUACUUCAGAGUAUAGAACACUUUUUUCUGCAAAGAAGAGCAGCAGCGAACCAUGUCCGUAUAUCCAGCUGACCGUAGGACACAAAACACUUGAGAGCAAGAUCCGGUACAAGACCAAGGAGCCUCUGUGGGAAGAUUGUUUCUCAUUCUUCGUUCACAACCCCAGGAGGCAGGAGCUGGAGCUGGAGGUGAAAGACGACAAGCACAAAUGCACCCUGGGUAAUUUGACGAUGCCUUUGAGCGGCCUGUUGGCGGAGGAGGAAAUGACGCUGACUCAAAGCUUUACUCUCAAGAACUCCGGGCCCAGCUCGACCAUCAAACUCAAGAUGGCCCUGAGGAUCCUGUCCCUGGAGAAGCAGGUGUCCUCAGACCAGCCCUCCUGCGUCCGGGUCAGGAAGUCCAGUGUGCCGCAGCCGACCCCGGCACCCAUGCAGAGACGAUCGGCCUCGGAUUCCCCGCUGCCUCCGCCCACGCCUCCACCACGUACGGGCACCUCCACCCUCACCCUCCAACACAGGGACGGCGAGCCGUACUCAGCCAGCCCUCGCCGCAGCGUCUCCAACCUCAGCACCUGCAUGUCGAGCUCCCAGAAGCACCUGUUUCACAAGGAGUCCACGCCCAGUCUGGCCUCGGACAUCUCCCUGCCCUUCGCCACCUUGGAGCUUCAGCAAAGGCUUCGUCAGCUGCAGAAUGGCUCGGCCCCCAGCCAGUACCCCCUGGGUGAGGUCCAACUGACUGUCCGCCACAGCUCCCAGAGGAACAAGCUCAUUGUGGUGGCGCACGCUUGCCGUAACUUGAUAGCCUUCACCAAAGACGGCUCGGAUCCCUUCAUCCGCCUCUAUUUGCUGCCUGACAAGAGCCGGACGGGGAGGAGGAAGACGAGCACGAUGAAGAGGACCCUUCACCCAGUUUAUGAUCAGACGUUUGAGUUUAGCGUGUCCAUGGUGGAGCUCCACAGGAGAACUCUGGAUGUAGCCGUGAAGAACGGAGGGAGCAUCCUGUCCAAACACAAAGGGCUUCUGGGAAAGGUGCUGGUAGAUUUAAGUGGGGACGAUAUAUCAAAAGGAUGUACACAAUGGUAUGACCUGAGUGAAGACGGCGUGUCGUCUCAAAGCAUAAGAAGUAUUCAAGACUCCCUCUUCACAUAGUGAGCCCACGCUUCGGCUGUAAUAUAGUUUUCUUGUUAAUAAAAGGGC